AUGGAUUCUUCUGUUCCUGUAUUUGGGAAACCGCAACCAAGUAUCAGUGUAUUUGACUGGACAAGAAAUAUACAGAACCUGCAAAAUGAAGCGAGAUUCCGUCGUUUUGAAUCUUAUGAACUAAGACAGAGGGCUAAUCAACUGAGAAACGAUACAUCAGUUUCGACUAGAUGGGAUAAUCGUAUUAACACCGAUUUGAUAAGAGAUAGAAUUUUCGAAGUAGAGACAUGGCGGGAGAAACAGCGGUUUGCGAGAGAGCGAGUAAGAGACGAAACAAGAGCGUUAAAAGAAGAAAAACACGCCACAGAACUGCAUCUAGAAUCGCUGCAGGUACCUCUUAUGGUCGUCAGCCAGUGCCUCUCAAAUCGCGAUCAGAGGCUACCUUCAGAGCUGACUAAAGAUCAAUUGGGUGAAGAGCUGCGAAUGGAGCUACAUUUAAUUGAAAAGCACAAGCGAAUUCUGACCGACGUGUGUCAUAGAGGCUGGGAGAAGCUGAAAGAAUUAUGCAACGUCUUCAGUAGGCUGGAGCGGGAAAUACAGAACAAAGAUGACGCUCUCAAUCUUGAAUACUACGUGAAGGAAUUAGAUAGAAAUAGCUCAGGGAUUUCGUACAAAAUGGACCCAACGAGGAUACCAGCAGAGUCCAUGACGGAAGAGAGCUACGUCCAUUGCAUAGAGAACACGAUAUCCAUAGCGGACCAACUGAUGAAGGAGUCCAGAGAUCUAAGGGAGACAAUGUUCAGGAGCAGGGAGACCGCUCGCAACGAGAUGUACGCCCAGAGUCAACAGGUUGAGAUGAUCAUGCGCCGGCGAGUGUACGACAUACAGCGAGGACGGAACGAGAUAGAGUGGCAGAAACAAAAGUUGGAACAAAAUCUACAAAAGUUGGACAGGGAGAUAGAGUCACUAAGAGCAGCCGUCGCUGACAAGAUCGACCCGACCAAACUCGUGGAGACGAGACUGGAAAUCCGCACAAGACGACCAGUGCUGGAGAGAGUUCAGGAUAAACCGAUGCGCGGUCUUAUAGAGGAAUUCGAAAGAGUCCACGUUAGUUCCAGCAAGCUGGAACAAAAACUGGAAGAUGCUUUAUCAACAUACCACGGCAUGUUCAACCAUCUGCAGCGCGUAAACAGGGAUCUACAUAACAAGAACCAGGCGCUAGAGACAGACAGAAGACUUGUGGAGAUCAGGAAACCCAUACAUGGGCCGACAGAAACCGACUUUGAGAGAAACGUCGGUUACUGUCAUAUGAAAGACGAGUUGGUUACAGAUUAG